AUGAAGAGUGACUUGUGUAUGAAUGAACCUCCUGACCUUAAAGAUGGACACCCCUCCAUAGAGGAGAGACAACACCAGGGGAGGUCGAAGGUUCCCAGUGGUCCGUCUGUACAGCAGCAACACACAGAGUGGAAGUUCAGAGUAAAGUUCUCAUCAGUGUUUGUUCUGUUCCAGCGGAUCAAGGAGAACGCACACGCUUUUCUAGACAAGGAGGUGGAGAAGCUCGGGAGCGUUCUCUUCCUAGAUGACCCACAAUGCUCUGAGAGCCAGAGGGAGGAGAAGGAGGUAGAUGGUGAGGAGGAGGAGCAGAGGAGGCACGCCAUAGAGGGAGUGCUUGACAUCACACUGCUCUGCAUGAAGCAGUUGAAGCAGGAGGAGCUGGCCGACACACUGAGGAGCAAAAGUGUUGCUGCUGAGUGCCAACGUAAAAUCAAGUCUCAUCUGAAGAAGAAGACCCAGUGUGUGUUUGAGGGAAUUGCUAAUGCAGGAGAGUCAAGACCUCUGAAUGAGAUCUACACAGAGCUCUACAUCACAGAGAGGGGCAUUGGAGAGGUCAACAAGGAACAUGAGGUCAGACUGAUUGAAACAGCUUCCAGGAAACCAGCCAGGCAGGAAACACCAAUCAGAUGUGAAGACAUCUUUAAACCCUUAUCUGAAAAAGAUAAACCAAUCAGAACAAUAAUGACAACUGGAGUGGCCGGCAUUGGUAAAACCAUCUUAACACACAAGUUCACUCUGGACUGGGCUGAAGGCAAAACCAACCAGGAGAUACACUUCACAUUUCCCAUCACAUUCAGAGAACUGAAUUUAGUGAGAGAUAAAAAGUUGAGCUUAGUGGAACUUCUUCAUCACUUCUUCAUUGAAACCCAAAUAGCAAGAAUCUCCAGAUACGGCCGGUUCCAAGUUGUCUUCAUCUUGGAUGGUCUGGAUGAGUGUCGACUUCCUCUGGACUUCCAGAACAACCCGAUCUGGACUGAUGUCACAGAGUCCACCUCGGUGGAUGUGCUGCUGACAAACCUCAUCAUGGGCAACCUGCUUCCCUCCGCUCGCAUCUGGAUAACCACACGCCCUGCGGCCGCCAAUCAGAUCCCUGCUGAGUGUGUUGACAUGGUGACAGAGGUGAGAGGGUUCACCGACCCACAAAAGGAGGAGUACUUCAGGAAGAGAUUCAGAGACCAGGAGCUGGCCAGCAAAAUCAUCUCCCACAUCAAGACAUCAAGAAGCCUCCACAUUAUGUGUCACAUCCCAGUCUUCUGUUGGAUCACUGCUACAGUUCUGGAGGGCUUCUUCAAAACAUCACAGGGUGAAGAAGAGAUGGCCAAGACCAUGACUCAGUUGUACAGCCACUUCCUGAGGAUUCAGUCCAUACAGGGAGACAUGAAGUAUCAUGGGAGAGCUGAAACAGAUCUACAAUGGAGUUCAGAAAGCAGGGAGAUCAUUGUUUGUCUGGGAAAACUGGCUUUUAACCAGCUGGAGAAAGGCAACCUGAUCUUCUACGAGGCAGACCUGGUAGAGUGUGACAUUGAUAUCAGAGCAGCCUCAGUGUACUCAGGAGUAUUCACCCAGAUCUUUAAAGAGGAUUGUGGGCUGUACCAGGACAAGGUGUUCUGCUUUGUCCAUCUAAGCAUCCAGGAGUUUCUGGCUGCCCUUUAUGUCCUUCUGUCCUUCAUCGACACUGGGGUCAAUCUGCUCUCAAAAGAACAACCAACCUCCAGGGAAGAUGAAUUUAUAAUCUACCAGAGUGCUGUGGGCAUGGCCUUACAGAGUGAGAACGGACACCUGGACUUAUUCCUCCGGUUCCUACUGGGCCUCUCUCUGGAGACCAAUCAGAAUCUUCUACGAGGCCUGCUGGGACAGACAGUAAGUAGCUCGCAGACGAAUCAGAGAACAGUGUCUUACAUCAAGGAGAGGAUAAGUGGAGAUCUCUCUCCAGAGCGAAGCAUCAAUCUGUUCUACUGUUUGAAUGAGCUGAACGACCAUUCUCUAGUGGAGGAGAUCCAACAGUACCUGACAUCAGGAAGUCUCUCUGGAGAAUCCCUCUCCCCUGCUCAGUGGUCAGCUCUGGUCUUCAUCUUACUGACAUCAGAAGAGGAGCUGGAGGUGUUUGACCUGACGAAAUACUCUGCUUCAGAGGAGGGUCUUCUGAGGCUGCUGCCACUGGCCAAAGCCUCCAAAACAUAUCUGCUGAGUGGCUGUCAUCUGUCAGAGAGAUGUUGUGAAGCUCUGGCCUCAGUUCUCAGCUCAAACUCCUCUAGUUUGAGAGUGCUGGACCUGAGUACCAAUGAUCUGCAUGAUUCAGGAGUGGAGCUGCUCUCUGCCGGACUGAAGAGUCCACACUGUACACUAGAAACACUCAGGCUAAAUGGCUGUCAUCUGUCAGAGAGAUGCUGUGAAGCUCUGGCCUCAGUUCUCAGCUCCAACUUCUCUAGUCUGAGAGAGCUGGACCUGAGUACCAAUGAUCUGCAGGAUUCAGGAGUAAAGCUGCUCUCUGCUGGACUGGGGAGUCCAUACUGUACACUGGAAACUCUGAGGUUGUCUGGCUGCCAGGUCACACAGGAAGGCUGUUUUUCUCUGGCCACAGCUCUGAGCUCCAACCCCGCUCAUCUGAGAGAGCUGGACCUGAGCUACAAUCACCCAGGAGACUCAGGUGGUGCACUGCUCUCUGCUCUGCUAGAUAAUCCACGCUGGAGACUGGACACUCUCAGUCUCGAGCACGGUGGAGUGUGGAGGAUGAAACCAGCUCUUAAGAAGUAUGCCUGUGAACUCACACUGGACCCAAACACAGUCCACAGACGACUCUCUCUGUCUGAGGACAACAGAAAUGUGACGGUGGUUAAAGAGAAUCAGUUGUAUCCUCAACAACAAGAGAGAUUUGACCUCUGGCUCCAGGUGUUGUGUAGAGAGGGUCUGACUGGUCGCUGUUACUGGGAGGUAGAGAGGGAAGGAGGUGUUAAUGUAGGAGUGACAUACAGAGAAAUCCAAAGGAGAGGAAAUGGUGUUGACAGCAGGCUUGGAGGGAACAACAAGUCCUGGGGUCUUCGUUGUUAUGAUUGUCAUUACUGUGCCUUGCACAACAAUAUAAAAACAGGCAUACGUCUCCCCUCCCCUGGCUCUGACAGAGUAGGAGUGUAUCUGGAUCGGCCUGCUGGCACUCUGUCCUUCUACAGAGUGUCCCCAGGUGAAGGAGGGUCCUCAGACACACUGACACACAUCCACACCUUCCAGUCCACCUUCACCGAGGAGGACCUCCUCCCUGGGUUUGGGGUAUGGGAUGAAGAUUGCUCAGUGUCUCUGAGUCAGAUGUAUUGAGAGAGAGACACACACACACACACACACACACACACACACACACACACACACACACACACACACAC